AUGCUGCUCCCCCUCCCUCUGUCUUUUUUCGCUUUGCUAAUCUUCCCCUUCCCCUCUAACGGGGGCCAGGCGGCGGGGGAAGGAAAAGGCUUUCGGAGAUCGAGAGAUUUUCUUUCUUGGCCGAGGAUGGCCUACGGUGCGUGUUAUCUGAAGGGAGCACGCUUUUUCGACCGCGGUGCUAUGAUUGCCGGAGCCUAUCCUCGUUCCGCCCGCUGGCCUAUUGGGAUAGCAGCCUGCGGGCUUUGCCUGCCCAUUAGAAUAUAA